AGCUCUUCUAGGGAAUGUCUAGAACCUGCCUUACCGUCCAAAAGAAUGAAGAAAUGCAUGCUGAAUCCAUAUACCUUCCACUGCAUUGGUGGCUGCGCCUCGAGUCAGCGUCAUGAUGUGCCCCAGGACUGCCCACUUCGAACCAUUCGACGGCUGAAUGCACGCCCCUCACCUCAUGACAGCAUUCCCCCCUCCCCAACAUCUUCGAUCCAACCCACGACUCCCUUCAUGUCGUCAAACUCUCUUUUAAUCCCAAUCAUAGAAUUUUGGGAGCCAUUCGCUCUUACGACUCCUUCUCCAUGACCAAAUCCGAACCUCCCCACCUCGAUCCGAGGCAACAGAUGUGGCAGCACGUUCAUCGCGAGUUGGUCAAAUAUGCUAAACCCGACUCUCGUUUUCACUACGACUUCCUUCACUUCACGCCCGACUUCCACAAUUCUGCUCUAGCCGUCGACCGCUUGGUACAACUCCCGGCCUACCGAACGGCUUCGACGCUGCUGGUCACACCUGAAAACAGCCUGGAAGAGCUGCGCUACCGAGCGUUGAAGGAUGGCAAAAAGCUCGUAGUGGGUACAUAUAGGCUGAGGCGAGGCUUUGUGCUCUUGAACCCAGCGCGGAUAGAGGAGAAGGAUUUGCGGGUGGCUAGCUGGCUCGACGGAAUGGAAAGGCAGGGCAUCGGCCGUCACCUCUCGUUGGCUCAAUUGCAAGACGAGCAUAUAAGCGUGGAUCUGUGUGUGCUAGGCGGGUUGGUUUUCAACACAAAUGGCAUCGUCGUAUUUGAAGGACACGGCCUGUUCGAGAUACAGUGGGCCCUGUUCAAGGAGAUGAAACUCCUGCGCCCGAACACGCCUUGUGCAGCCAUUGCGCACGAUUCGCAGCUUGUCGACGAAACGAAACUAGGGCUUGAUGCCUUCUCGCCAGACAAGCCAGGAGAGGUCCAAUGUGACUACAUCCUUACUCCGGACAAGACGUUUGAAAUUAAGGAGCCCGUCCGACCUUCUAGCGGAUUGAACUUCGACGCGCUCGAUCCCGAGGGCUUGGAGAAUAUUCCGCCUCUGCAGGAGCUGAAAGGUAUCCGCAUGAUGGAGCAGAUUAUGGAAAGUGAUCGCUUUGGCGCCAACAACGAGAAGGCAAGCGAGAUGCCGUUGAGUCCUGACGAACAAGCGGGCAUCAGUAUGGUUGAGCGGAUCAUGCAAGGCUUCAAAAUGUAG